UAAAAAACCUGCGCGCUCUUUCACACCAUGUAGGUGAUCCGCAGUAAAGUGCCCGGAAACCACUAUCAUUUGGGCUCCUAAAGGUUCGCGACUCGAGUCUCAAAGUUAGACUCCUCCGCCCAAACGCGGAACUGUGGUUCGUUAACGUGAAAAUGAACGCUUGCGGGCCUCCAAGCACCUGCAAACGAAUUCCUGCCGCGACCAAAUGGCCGUCAUUUGCUCCUCCCAGCCACGAUUCUUGGUCCCUAAACGGUUGCCAAAAGCAGAGCGAGAGAUUUCAAUCCGCAGGGACGGCUGUAGCGGAAGCCCGGCUGAAAGACGGCAGGAUCCGAUAGUUUACCAAGCCAAGAGGGAAAGCGCUGCUUUCAUCCGCCUUGAACAGCGCCUUCUUUCGGGUAGGCAACCGCCCUGCGUCCUGCGGAGAUCUGGCUGGCCUGACAGCAGCCUCUCCUCCUCGCUGCGAGGCAUCCUACCCUACCCUCUCCUUUCUUGCGCCCCUAGGCCGCGCGCUCGCCCUUCCUACAGAAAAAGAGCAGGCCGGAUUUUUAAUUAAUAACCAUACGGCAGAAAAAAAUGCAAUUUAGAGCAGCGCUGGAUGAGGAGGACCCCGCGGGAAGUCCUCUGCUUGCCGGCCUGGCCCCUUAACUUACCGACGAACGACGCUACGCGGAACGCUCCAGUAAACCGCCAAAAAUCCCGCGGUGUUCCUUUUAAAUGCAGCGCUGCCCUGUCCCGAGUAUAGUUUUCUCCGAAAAAAAAAAAAAACUAAAUGGCUGGGAUCUGUCCUUGCUGAGCUUUACAGCAGAAGCUGGGAUGUCUUAUGUCGCCAAAAAGUGUGGCAUCCAGUUACAGCCUCCCUCUAUCGUUUUGAUCUAUGAAGAUCAGGAUAAGAAGAAUCUGCGCCAGCGCAUCAUGCCUAUCCGGAAUUUUACCAAAUUCUCAGAUUGUGGCAGAGCGGCAGAGCAGCUAAAGAAUAAUCCUCGGCACAAAACAUAUUUAGAAGGGGUAUCCUUGGAGCAGCUAAAAAAGUUACAUAAUUUGUUGAGAUGCCAUCUGCAAGGACAAACUCUGAGCCAGAGUUUGAAACAAGUUGAGCAGAAUGAAACAGUUGAUCCAGAAGAGGACCUAAAUAAACUGAAUGAUGAAGAGCUAGCCCAAAGGAAAAGAAUUAUGGACGAAUUGUUUGAAAAGAACAGAAAAAGAAAAGAGGACCCAGAUUUUACCUACAAUGUAGAGGUGGAAUUUCCACAAGAUAAGGAGCUUGAAGCUUGUGAGUGGGAUACAGAAACAGAGGAUGAAUUUUAAUGCAAAACUAAGAUUAUGGGGAUUUUCAGGGACUGUUUAUAAAUUAUAUAUACUUUCUGUUUUAGUAACAAUAUUUAACUAAAGUUAUCAAUGACGGUAGCGUUGUGUACUGUCAAAAUGAUUGACAUGUUUUUCUUUGCUUGGCAUUUAAAAAUAUUCUGAAAUAUUCAUAUUAAAAUUAUAUGCAAAAAUGUGUCUAUAGACCAUGAAUGUGUUGAGUAGAAAAAUUGUAUUGUUUCUUGUAUUGGUAUGGGAAAUAUCCAUUAAGUAAGCAUUGACUUAAAUAACCUUUUUUGCAGACAGAGGUGCCAGAACAGCAGCUGCCAUUUUGUCCAUUGCACGAUCACAAAAUGGCAUCUACUAUACUUGUGAAUUGGCAUAGUGCAUGAUCCAACACAAUAUUUCUGAAAUAGAACCUUGUUUAACCCAGAAACUAAGCAAAAUUGCUGAAAACAAAAGAUGUGUCACUAGAGAACCAACUGUACAUGAAAGCACAUCUGCAAGCAUUCAUAUUCAAAAUAGAUAGGUUUGCAGAAAGCGUAUGAAUUGCAUCAAUGGGGUAGAACUUAUUUGGCAAGAUCUAUUGUGAGAACUCCAGAUAUAAAAAGGCUUCCUCAAUCAGGAAUUUUCUAAAUAAAGAAAAUGUCUCAAUAAAUAUUCAGAAGAACUAAAAUCAGUUUUAAAAAAUAGUUCAUUCUUAAACUGAAUUAUUCCACCUCCCACAUAAACUUUUGCUUUUCAGAUGUUGAAAUUUCAUUUCUGACAUUGAUAUUCAGUAAGUUUUGGGCAGAUUCCAAUUCCUCAUCCAUACCUUAAGUUAAGAAGAAGCAACACAUUUCAGGACAUAUAGGAUUCUUGAAUUAGAAUUUUCACAUAGAGAAAGAAGAUCUCAUUAAAGCAUUAUUGGACCCCAAUGCCAACUUUUUGAAGGAUUGUUUUGAUGUUUUAGAAGCAGUUUCCAUUACUAAAAUACUUUGAGGCUAGCUGCUAGAUGGUCAGAGAUACUCAUUAUGACACAAGGAAACUAUAGUGUAUAUGCACAAACAAUUUUGUGUUGGAAAAAGCAGGUGCUUUUUAUUCUCAAAUAAUUUAUAUUGGGAUUAAAAAUAUUGUACUUAGAUGGAAGAAACGAAUUUUAAGUACCAAAAAUUUGAUCCAUAGAAUUCUCAGCCAUCUUACAUGUUAACAGUUUUUAAUGACUUGUUGUAACUGAAUGGAUCCUAUUUAAGAAAAGAAUUGGGACUUAAGGGCAUAUGUAUAUAAAUAUAUACAGUAUCUUUGCAGGUUAUUAAUGUAGAUAUUUAGCAAAUGUCUUGUCAGUAAUUAUAUGUAUUCAAGAUUUUUUUUAAAAAAAAAUCCAGCAUUUGUUCACCAGAGGGCAGUGUUUUCUCAUUUAAAAAUCUGUUUGGGGCUAAUUUUUGCACUUAAAAAGAAUUUCUAUGUUACUUAUCAAAACACUUUGCGAUAUAGAGUAAUUUGGGAGUAGGUUGUUUUAUCCAUAAGAAUUAUAUAUUCCGAUAUCUAAAAAAAUAAAAAUAAAAACAUUUUAGUAACA